AUUGGACAUGGUGCAGCAAAAGGCAGAGCAAGAGUGUGAAAUCAUUCCUUCUUGAAUAGAUGUCCUGAGCACAAGAGACUGGGACUGCCACUUCAACUCAUCGGACAGGACACUACAAUCACGGUGACGUUAGCAAAACUACGGGUUCUUUUUCACCAGAGCCCACAUACUCAACGUUUUCAGUGUCUGAUUUUUCUGUGUGUUGUAGAUGGAGUUUGAGGGGGUUGAUGCGGAGGAGCAGCCCAACGCAGCUGUGGAGCUGCUGGGGCAGGUGGAGGUGCUACUGGGUAGGCUGGCGGAGGCCCUCAGGCUGCUGGCCCUGCGUGCCCAGCAGAGGGCGCUGCAGCUGGCUGUGAUGCUCUGCCUUCAGGUUUUGCUGCUCUGGGUGGCUGGCUUCCUCUACGGCAGCUUUUACUACACCUUCAUGCCCAGACCCAGCUACUCCACACCUGUCCAUUUCUAUUACAGGGCAGACUGCCAGUUACCUGCUGUUUGUUCGUUUCCGAUGGCCAACGUCUCUCUACUGAGUAAAGGCAGAGAUCAUGUGAUGACGUAUGGACAGCCCUAUCGGAUCUCUCUUGAGCUGGAGAUGCCUGAGUCACCAGCCAAUCAGAAUCUGGGGAUGUUCAUGGUCAAGAUGACAACAUACGGCAAAGACGACAGAACUAUUAGAACCUCAGCACGUACACAGAGCAUGUUGCACUACCGCUCCUCUCUGCUGCAGUCGAUGUCUACGGUCCUGCUCUCCCCUCUGCUGCUGACUGGAGCCUCUGAGCAGGAGCAGCUUGUUAGCAUAGAGCUAUUCUCCGAUUACAUAGAGGACACAUAUGUCCCCACUGCAGGUGCAGUGAUUGAGCUUCGGUCUCAACAAGUGCAGGUGUAUUCAGCUCAUCUCUUUAUACAUGCACACUUCACCGGUAUCAGAUAUGUGCUGUUCAACUUCCCAGUCCUGUCUGCUGUGGGGGGAGUGGCCAGUGCCUUCCUCUUCCUGUCCAUCAUCAUCCUCAUCGGCUCUGUGAAGAACAGCUUGAACACACAGAUUUCAGGAUCUCGGGUUAGACAGCAUCAUCAGAUGCGGAACACCAGAGGGAACAGUCCCCUCAGUUCAGACCCUUCUGACAUCACUGCAGGCCAAUGGGAGAGUUGCCAAGGUGGACACAUCAUCAAAAAGGGCAAAGAGAAGGCAAGUCACCUCACCAACCCCCCAUCUCGAUCCAAUGAUCCAACUGUAGAAGCAUGCAAUGUGAUGGAAGAGUCCAUUCCUGAGGGAGCGGGUGAAACUGAACUGAAGCCAAUGAAGGGAGGCUCUAUUCACACAGGGGUUUCUCAUCCAAACCGUGAUGCAGCAACAGAGGAUGACCAACAGAUGGCACACAGGAAUGAGACCAAAAUAGAGGGAUCCUCCGCCACCCCUGAGCCCCUCUCUCCCUCAGAGGAACAACCAAGCACUGACUGUGUUGUUUCCUGAUUUCAUUUAUCCACACACACACACGCACACGCACACGCACACACACACACACAAACACACACACACACACACACACACAUGCACACACACACACACAUACACACAUACACGCACACUAAAACACACAAUGACACACUGUUACACACAUGUACCUUAUCACCUGAAUACAUUAGAUACCUUGCACAAAUAUGGCAUACUAUGGCAUGG